AUGGACAUGCCCGUCGCCUUAGACUUCGACCCGGAGGUACUGUCCGGAUUCCGGGAGGCUCUAGAGGGCACGCCGCCGUCGUUGGAGCCUGCGGUUGUCUCGUCCGCCAAAGACGAGACACCCAGGGAGCAGGAGCGGAAGGACAGGAAGGACGCGGACGCAUGUGACAUGCCAAUGUCGCCGGCCACCGGCGACAUGCCGGAGCUUUCCGGCCUUGUCCAUGCCCGCAUCCUCGCGUUCCAAGAGAAGAUCGAACGGAGACGAAGCAAGGGCAGCGACGCCAAGGUGUCGCCCCUGUGGCCGCCGGGAGGCGAGCGGAAGGCGGUGGUGUACCUCACGAGCCUCCGCGGCGUGCGCAAGACGUUCGUGGACUACUGCCCGUGCGCAGCAUCCUGCGCAGCUACGGCGUGCGCCUAG